AUGCGUGCGAUUCAAUGGGAUGACCUACGAAGGCAAGCGCGUACGCUGGAAAAUGACCUAGACUCUAAGCUUGCCUCUUUUGGAAAGCUGGGAAGUGCCUUUGGAAUGACUAAUUAUGGAUAUAUGCAGCCCUCUAACCAGCCCGCAAAUGACACAUCCUCUGAGUAUAAUCUGCUCUCAUGCGACAUCGAAAAUCUUCUUGAACGUCUGACUCAGGUAAACGACAAAAUGACUGAACUCGUCUCGUCUAUCGAACCUUCGGCCGUGGGCAGCAUCAGCCAACAGCAUACAGCCAAACGGCAUAGGGAGAUUCUUUACGAUUACAUCCAAGACUUCAAACGCAUUCGUUCCAGUUACAUUAACGCCAAGAAUCGGGAAGAGCUUUUUGCUUCAGCCCUGACAAAAUCACCGGAAAAACCUCGUCUUGACUCAACGCGACUCCUGCUGGAGGAGAAUCAGAGCCUGUUAAACGCUGAUCAGGCCCUCUCUGAGCGUAUUGCUGCCGCCUCUGCCAUUCGGUCCUCCCUGCGUUCGCAGCACCAUGUUCUGAAAUCGGCUACAAACAGUCUGCUUAAUCUACGCAAUCGUUUCCCCAUCGUUAACAAACUGCUUAAUCAGAUUUCCUGGCGCAAACAGAGAGACAGCAUAAUUGUGGGCACGGUAUUUGGUUGCUGUCUCCUCUUUCUCCUUUUUUACCUCUUCCACUAA